AUGGGAAACGAUAUCGAAAUCGCCCCGAGAGUGAGCGAAGAUGUUGGCUCACUCAAGGCAUCAGCAAAGGUCGGACGUGGUGAGUUGGCCGAUAUUACACCACCUCACGAAACAUAUGAAGGGCGACAUCGAUUCGAUCCGACAGCAGAAUGGACAGACGCAGAAGAGAGGCGUGUUGUGAUCAAAACGGACUUGUUCCUCCUCUCGUGGCUCUGCGUCAUGAUGUUUGGCCUGCAACUUGAUCGAGGUAACCUGGGCAAUGCGCUCACCGACAACUUGCUGAAAGACCUCAACCUGACGACCGACGAUUACAACAAUGGAACCACUAUCCAGCUUGUGUGCUUCCUGGCCGCUGAGUUCCCUGUCCAGUUCCUCACCAAGCGAUAUGGAUUCAAGUACAUCUUACCUACCAUGAUGUUCGCCUGGAGCACGGUCUCCUGGGCUCAAGCGUGGAUGCAUGAUCGUACUACGUUCUACAUCACCCGCGCAUUGAUCGGUGCCUGUGAAGGCGGUUUCAUACCAGGGGUUAUCCUUUUUUCGACAUACUUUUACAAGUCUAAAGAGCUGGCCAUCCGUCUUGCGGCCUUCUGGUCUACGCUGAACGUUGCGCGCGUCAUCUCCGCAUUGUUGGCAGCUGGUCUCUUGGAAAUGCGUGGUGCACAAGGGAAGCCUGGGUGGUUCUGGCUAUUCUUGAUCGAAGGAUUGUUGACGAUGGCUAUCGCUCUAGUUUCCUUCAUCUACCUACCUUCUUCACCCGUAGGAACCAAGGGAAUUCUAUUCCGGAAAGGAUGGUACACCGAACGCGAGGAAGUCAUUAUGGUCAAUCGAAUCCUCCGCGAUGAUCCAGCAAAAGGUCUUACAGCACUCCAAGAGCCUGCAACUUUCAAAGACAUCAAAGCGGCGUGGAGCGACCCUGCCAUGUGGGGACUUUAUUUCCUCGGACUGGUUGCUUACAUUCCUGCUACACCCGUUACUGGGUACCUGAGCUUGACCCUCAAGCGUCUUGGAUUCUCAACAUUCAACUCGAAUAUGCUUACCAUUCCAUCGGCCGUACUUCAGAUCAUAACCAUGUUGACUCUUGCGUACAGCAGUGAUUACUUCAACGAGCGUACCCUACAUAUCAUCUUUGGCGAAUUCUGGAUCAUGCCAUUGCUGAUCGCUCUUCUUACUCUCCCAGAUGGCGGCCGCGAAUGGUCUCGGUUUACACUGAUUACUCUGAUCUCGGGAUAUCCGUACUUCCAUCCCCUGAUUUCAUCCUGGAUAUCGGAAAAUACGUUUGAUGUAAAGAAACGGGCCAUCACAGCUGCCACUUACAACGUCGUUGUGCAGGUAGGCUCGUUGAUCGGAUCUCAGAUCUAUCGCAAGUACGACGCACCGUACUACAAGCAGGGCAACAAGGUGUGCGUCGCGAUUUGUGCCUUGAGCCUUGUCACGAUGGUGGUCCAACGUCAGGUAUUGGUGUACUUGAACAAGAAGAAAGACGAGAAGUGGCGGGCCAUGACAUCGGAGGAGAAGGCAUUGUACCAAUCAAACCUCGAAGCGCGUGAGAGAGACGGCAACAAGAGAUUAGACUUCAGGUUCGUGAUAUAG